GAUAAGGAAGAGAUAGGGAUAGCUUAGCUAUCAAAUAAUGAAGAUUGCAAUCAGAAGGGAGAACGAAGAAAUACCCCACCCCCUUUCUCUCACACUCUGAAACCUAACCCUAAGCCCACCGUCCCUCAUCGCCGAACUCUUCUUCUCCGGUACAGGGUACUGUCGCCGGCGGCGGGACAAAGCGUGGGUGCCGUCGCACUCUUCUCAUUGCAUUGACGAACUCUUCUUAGUUCUCAUUGCUCCUCUUCUCGUCGCCGUCGCACGAAGGACGCGUGCUCUCUCUCUCUGUCCGGGGCCAGCAUCCCUCUUCGGGCCGUCUGUUGCUCUCUGUCAGAGGUCACUUCCCCUCCUCCGUUGCCGUCACUUCCCAUUCCUCCGUCGCCGCCGCAGAGAAAAGAACAACUCGAGCAUGGCACAAACGCUACCAAUGCCCGUAGCUCCCUCUCUCGCCCUAAUCUCAAACCCUAGACCUCUUUCCAGAGCCGUCUAUUUCCCUGUUCUCAACCCUCCCAAGGUGAGAGGGUUAAGCAUAGAGUGCGCUCGAGUUGGCGGAGUGGAGAUUCCGAACAACAAGAGAAUCGAGUUCUCGCUACAGUACAUCCAUGGAAUCGGAAGGAGCAGAGCUCGCAAGAUUCUCUGCGAUAUAAGCAUGGACAACAAGGUCACUAAGGAUCUCAGCGAAGAGGAACUCAUCACUCUUAGAGAUGAAGUCUCCAAAUACGUCAUUGAAGGCGAUUUGAGGAGGUUUAAUGCGCUGAAUAUAAGGAGAUUGAAGGAGAUUCAAUGUUACAGAGGAAUAAGGCAUAUUCAGGGGCUUCCUUGCCGAGGACAACGUACGAAGAACAAUUGCAGGACCUUGAAGGGUAAGAAGGUUGCUAUUGCUGGCAAGAAGAAGAAGUAAUCGAUUCCGUGAGUACAAUUCAAUUCCUUGUAAUUUCUUAUUAACAAUGCUGCGUUCUGUGUAAUCUGUGCUUAUUUUGUAAAAUACUUAUUACUAGCUUAUAUACCUGAUCUGCAUGGGGCAAUUGAGUAAUUUGAAUGCAUUCUUUAAAAUGCAGUUUUACUAUUGGAGUGUGAUUUGUAUAAUCAAUUAUUUAAUGCAUCAGAUUAUUUGAUAAUAAGCAUAAUGAGAAAGUAAUUUUCCUUCGAGUUUA